UUGGUCUCUCUCUCCUACCGGAAUGUAGAAAGUGCGUGGCCAGUUCAUGACGGCAUCUCCCUUUAUCCGUGUAUCCAGCCGAGACACAACCCAUAAUUAAGGAAAAUUCAUAUCUAAUUUCCCUUUUUUCUCUCGAAGAUUUCUGACUAAAGGGAAAUCUAUAUUACUUGAGGGGCAUCCACUCUUACCCCGCUCGAAUCGUGCGUUUGAAGGCUCCUUUAUCUGUCAUUUUUUCUUGAUUCGAAAGCUAGCAGUUAAACUCAGAUCACAUAACUUUGAACUCCAGAAUAAUGCUUGACCAAUCAAAUAGGAAUUCUUGUGUGGCAGUGGAAAGAAAUUGGCAAGCUAUGGCUCUUGACAGCACGAUAACUUCACCUCAUCGAAGGUCACAGCCACAGACUGCAUUCUCUUCUUCUUCUCCUAAGAAACAGUACUCACGAAGUGAUGAACUGGGAAGCUGUUCAACUCUUUUUCAGCGACACCGGUUUCUUCUCACCGCCCUUGCCCUCCUAACAUUUCUGUGCACUAUUUAUCUUUACUUUGCUGUGACCCUUGGGGCUAGUGAUUCAUGUUCUGAAUUGUCCGGAGCUCAAAAAGCCUCGUGUCACUUGCAGCAGGCAAAGGCAUCUGUUGCUAAGGGAAAAUUGAAAUUCUUCUAGCGCGUCAUGUGCCGUCUACUUAAUAAAUAUUUUCAAUAUUUGGUCCUUUGUUGGGAUAGAACUAUAUUAGUUUGGAAUGGUUGUAGGUUAUUUUGCUCUCUGAAGAGGUUAUAUAUUUUUGGUGUAUAUUGCAAAAAGGAAAUUGUUCUGAAAGACUAUUUCUACCAGUAACAGUGAUUAUAAUGAAAUUAUGUGUUUAUGGGAAAAUUAUAGUAAAAA